UCGUCCCGCCCCCCUCAUUCAUCCUUUUAUGGAACGCUGAUCUCUAAGCGCUCUAAGCCAAGGCUGCGCUGACCGCGCGACUCAGCAUGCAUCCCGCAGAGCUAACAGAAGAAGUUUAAGGCUUAGCUUCCCGUGAACUUCUCAGAACAAUGCUGGCUGCCCAGGUCUCCAGGUCUCUGGUGAGGAUUGCCAGGAACCCCCUUGGUUUCCAAAAUGUUCAGAACAUCAGAAGGCCUGGCCAAGAGCUCUCCAGUCCACACUCCAUCCUGGCUGGCCCAAAGGCCUAUGGAACCCAAAAACGAGAGCUCAGAAAUAAGGCCGUGUUAGUCACUGGCUGUGACUCGGGCUUUGGCCUCUCCGUUGCCAAGCAGCUGCACUCCCAUGGUUUCCAGGUGUUUGCUGGUUGCCUUCUCAAGGAUAAGCGAGAUGCAGGGGCCGAAGAGCUGGAUGCCAUGAAUAGUAGCCGGAUGAAAACCGUCCAGAUGGAUGUCUGCAAAUGCGCUGAGGUCAACAGGGCCGUAGAGCUCAUCCAGGAGGACCUGAGGAACUCCGAGAAAGGGCUGUGGGGGCUGGUGAACAAUGCGGGCGUCUCUACCUUCGGCGAGGUGGAGUUCACCGGCAUGGAGACCUACAAGGAGGUCGCCAAGGUGAACUUGUGGGGAACAGUCCAGACAACCAAGGCUUCCCUCCCACUCCUGCGAAGGGCCAGAGGCCGGAUCGUCAACAUCAGCAGCAUGCUGGGCAGAAUGGCCAGCGCUGCCCGCUCCACCUACUGCACCACCAAGUUCGGGGUGGAGGCCUUCUCCGACUGCCUCCGCUACGAGAUGUACCCGCUGGGCGUCAAGGUCAGUGUGGUGGAGCCCGGCAAUUUCAUCUCGGCCACCGAACUGUACAGGCCCGAGCGCAUCCGGGCCAUCGCCGAGGAGAUGUGGAACAACCUGCCCGAGGUGGUGUGCAAGGACUACGGCCGCCAGCACUUCGACGAGAAGAUCAGUAACAUCGAGCAGUACUGCAGCAGCGCGUCUACCGACACCACGCCCGUCACAGAGGCCGUGAACCACGCCCUGACGUCCAAGACCCCCUACACCCGCUACCACCCCAUGGACUACUACUGGUGGCUGCGGAUGCAGAUCACGACCCACACCCGGGCCUUCUCAGACAUGAUCUACGCCCACUGAGGGCCCGGGCCGGG